CUGUUUCCUAGCAACAAAACAACAACAACAACAGAAUGGCAGACAAGACUGGGGAAAUGGCGCAAAACACCAGACGUGUUUUUAUUAACGAUAUUGGUAAUUAUACAUCGAAAAAUAUUGCAAGGUUUUUAGACUCAUGUGUGGUUGGUGCAUCUCUUGUGGACCCUGGAGAGGCUGAUGUGGAGGAAGAUGACGACAGGCUGCAUGAUGAGCAACCAAAACUCAAAAGUGCAACCUUCCAGAUUGUGGGAACAGUUUCCAGCCAAACAGAGGAGAAGUGCAGUUUCAUUGCUGAAGAGUACAGCCAGAACUUGAAGCGAGAAGACCUUCUGCAUCAUCUAAUGAAAUGUGAUGUGGUCAUUUAUGAUAUUACUCAGAAUGCUGAUCAGAUAGAUGAAGCACAGUGGGCUGUCUCAGCUCUUUAUGAAGAAAUGGACCAGUUUUCUGGGCCCAAGAUGUUUAUCCUGGUGUCAACAAUUAUGACGUGGACUAUGACUAAACCAGCUGAUAAAGAUAAUCCAGAGAUUCCUUUUACAGAAGAGCACUACAGGAGAAGAAAAGCACACCCCAACUUCCAUGAUCAUAUCGGUUUGGAGAAACUUGUGGUCAAAUUAGGCAAAACUAAAAGCUCCCAGUUCUCUACAUAUGUUGUUGCAUCAGGGCUACAGUAUGGAAUGGGAGAACACAUAUUCCAUUUGUUUUUUAAGAUGUCAUGGUUGGGCGAAGUCUCCCAGGUGCCCAUCUUUGGAGAUGGCUCCAAUAUUAUCCCCACUAUUCACAUCAAUGAUCUGGCAGGGAUCAUCCAAAAUAUAAUUGACCACACGCCAAAGUCACAAUACUUUGUUGCGGUUGAUGAUUCCAAAAACACAAUGGAGGAUAUCAUAAAGGCAGUAACACUCGUGCUUGGACCAGGGAAAACUCAGAAUGUUUCAAAAGAGGAGAUUUAUCUCACACGGGAUCUGAUGCAAACAGAUAUUGAUUCUUUGCUUGUCAACCUUUGUAUUGAAGCAACAUAUCUGAAAGAGAAUUUUAACAUUCAGUGGGUGUCAGAAACUGGCAUGGUUGAAAACAUUGAGCAGAUCACUGAAGAAUACAAGCAGACUAGGGGACUGUUGCCCCUUCGUAUCUGCAUCCUGGGACCACCUGCUGUUGGGAAGAGCACUAUAGCGGAGAGGAUAUGCAAGCAUUACAAACUUCACCAUGUUAAGCUUAAGGAGACAAUCACUGAAACAUUAGAAAACCUGGAGUCGUGUGUUGGUAUGGAGGAUGAGGAAAACGAUCAGAGUGAGGCUCAAGAGUUUCUGGACACUCUGAAGGAAAACAUGAAUCAGAAUGGAGGAAGGCUAGAUGACCAAUAUGUGAUUCGUAUAAUGAGGGACAAACUCAGGACUAAACCCUGUAUGAACCAGGGCUUUGUUUUGGAUGGUUUUCCAAAGACAUACGAGCAGGCGAAGGAGUUAUUUACUGGUGAUGAAGAGCCUGAGGACUUGCAAUCUAAACACGAGAAAAAGAUCAUUCCAGAGUUUGUGUUCUUUGUCGACGCCACUGAUGUUUUCCUGAAAACCCGCGUUCUGAAUCUACCCGAGACUGCUGUAGAAGGAACUUCCUACACUCCUGAACAGUUCCUUCGCCGCUUAGCCAAUUUCAGAGAAAGAAACGUAGAGGAUGAGACGUUGCUGAACUACUUUGAGGAUCUGGAGAUUCAUCCUGAGCACUUGGAGAUCACAAGCAAUGAUGACAGUGAAUACCUGCUGAUCAUAGAGAAGGUUUGCAAAAAGGUGGGCAAACCGAAGAACUAUGGGAUAGUAUUAGAAGAGGUGGAGGAAGGAGAGCGGCGGCAAGCAGAACAGCAGCUAAAGGAAAGGGCAGCACAAAGAGCCGAGGCAGAGCGGCGGGAGGAAGAAGAGGCUCAACAGAGAGAUAAGUGCUGGGGGGAAUGGAAUCAGCAACUUGUGGAGGUGAAGAGACAAGAACAUGACCUGUUAGAAUCUCAGUCAGAACUUUUAAGGAAUUAUCUGAUGAAGGAUGUGAUGCCCACUCUCACCCAAGGGCUCAUCGAAUGCUGUAGAAUACGUCCUGACGACCCCAUAGACUUCCUGGCUGAGUACCUUCUCAAAAAUAAUCCUGAAGGGUAAUAAAACAUGGACAUUGUUUGCCUUGGGGUUUCAGCAGCAAGUAUAACUUCUGUUGUAUAAUUUCUGUUCUUAUUUCAGUCUUAAUGUUCAUUGAAAAAUUAAUCUUUAAUACAGUCUGUGAUUAUGAAUAAUAAUUAUACUGUAAUGAUGCAAGUAAUGAACAAAUACAAUGCAAAUCAAACAGAAAACAAA